AAUCCCAGGAGCUAAUCUCAGGCUCGGCCUCGCUCCAUGAGUUAAUGGCCUUGACAUUCCUGCAGCCCACCAAAUCCUCCUCUUACCCAUUACCCAGAUCCUCUCUGAUGUGUGUGGACAUUUAGCCUCAGAGCCCCAGUUUCAUGUCUCUGGUUCUAGGUAGGGUAGUAUGUGGCCAGUCUUCACACUUCUUACCGCCUGUGUGCACAGGGCCCUUCUGAGAACUUAGGAAAUGCACCAGAGACACCACUGUAGAGAGAGCCUCCCUUUCCCCAUGUCAGUGUUGAGUGGAUCAUGCCCAGAGCUGUCUGCAGUGACCCUCUCCUCUAAUGACCCCGAAGUCCAUGGGAGAUCGUCUCAUGGGGCUCCUGCCCCAAACCUUUGCCAGGCUCUAGCCUCUUCCUUGGCCUCUUCUCCACCAUUGUUAAGUCAGUCAGCUAGCCCUGGCCUUUGGAAGCAAGUACCUCCUAUUUAGAGUCAAGUUUUCUUUCUUUUUUUGAAACAGGGUCUCACUACAGAGCCCAGGCUACCCUUGAAUGAGAGAGUCUCCUGCCUUAGCUUGGGUGCAUCCUGGGUUUAUAGGCAUGUGCUGCUAUGCCUGGUCCAGAGUAAACUUUCAAUCUUAAUUCCACAGUGGGGGCUCAGUCUACAAGGGUCCUCCCUUCCAAGUGAAGGAGGAAGCUAUCCUAUGGUUGCUCAUAGCUGACCUCUCCAUUAACUCCCCCUCCCCGCCGUGCUGGUGCUCAGGCCUAGGACAGCAUAUAUUCUAGGAAGCAUUCCACCACGGAGCUCUAAUCUCCUGCCAUCUUAUAAUUCUUGGGAGGAAGGGAACAAGUCAGGGACACUGGGUAUCUGUCAUGUGGUUGUCUCAUUUUUUAACUCUCAUGAAUUUGGAGGGUAGGAUUCGGUAAUUAUUUUCUAGGUUGGGGCCCUAGAGGCUUAAAUGACCAGGAUUACUCAGCCAAGAAGGUGCACCCAAAUACACUGGUCAGAGGGACAUUUAGAACUCAAGGCCCAUGCUAUUCCCUCCUCUUUGAGUUUGGGUGGCCUGGCUCUGGGGUCCCCGUGUCGGAGCAGUGGUAGGGUAACUAGGGCUCCUCUCAGACUCUUUUCUGCUGCCCUGUCCAGAGCCAGCUGAGCCACAGCGUGGACACACUCCCAGGCCGCUGUGGCCCCAGCCCCGCCUGACAGGAUGAGCAGUUCAGAUGCGGGGCUGGAGGAGGAGCCGGAGCUUAGCAUCACCCUCACGCUGCGGAUGCUGAUGCAUGGGAAGGAGGUGGGCAGCAUCAUUGGGAAGAAGGGAGAGACUGUAAAGCGAAUCCGGGAGCAGAGCAGUGCCAGGAUCACCAUCUCCGAGGGCUCCUGCCCUGAGCGAAUCACGACCAUCACUGGAUCGACAGCCGCCGUGUUCCAUGCGGUCUCCAUGAUUGCCUUCAAACUGGAUGAGGACCUCUGUGCAGCUCCCGCAAACGGUGGCAGUGUCUCCAGGCCUCCAGUGACCUUGCGCCUUGUCAUCCCUGCCAGCCAGUGUGGAUCACUGAUUGGGAAGGCAGGUACCAAAAUCAAGGAGAUCCGAGAGACUACGGGAGCCCAGGUACAGGUGGCAGGGGACCUGCUCCCCAAUUCCACAGAGCGUGCUGUCACCGUCUCUGGGGUGCCUGAUGCCAUCAUCCUGUGUGUGCGCCAGAUCUGUGCUGUUAUUCUGGAGUCCCCACCCAAAGGAGCCACUAUCCCGUAUCACCCAAGCCUCUCCCUAGGUACUGUCCUUCUCUCCGCCAACCAGGGUUUCUCUGUCCAGGGUCAGUAUGGGGCAGUGGCCCCUGCAGAGGUCACCAAGCUCCAGCAGCUCUCAGGCCAUGCAGUUCCCUUCGCCUCACCCAGUGUGGUGCCAGGACUGGAUCCCAGCACACAGACCAGCUCCCAGGAGUUCCUGGUUCCCAACGAUCUGAUUGGCUGUGUGAUCGGACGCCAGGGCAGCAAGAUCAGCGAGAUCCGGCAGAUGUCAGGGGCACAUAUUAAGAUUGGAAACCAAGCAGAGGGUGCUGGGGAGCGGCAUGUGACCAUCACUGGCUCACCGGUCUCCAUUGCCCUGGCUCAGUACCUCAUCACUGCCUGUCUAGAGACGGCCAAGUCUACCUCUGGGGGGACACCUGGCUCAGCCCCCGCAGACCUGCCCACCCCUUUCUCGCCACCCCUGACGGCCCUGCCCACAGCUCCCCCAGGCCUGCUGGGUACACCUUAUGCCAUCUCCCUCUCCAACUUCAUCGGCCUCAAGCCCGUGCCCUUCCUGGCUCUACCACCUGCUUCCCCAGGGCCACCGCCGGGCUUGGCGGCCUACACUGCCAAGAUGGCAGCGGCCAAUGGGAGCAAGAAAGCUGAACGGCAGAAAUUCUCCCCCUACUGAGGCCGGCUGAGGCCCAGGCAGGGGCAGGCAGGACCGCCGGCAGGGGCUGCCUCCACAUCCUUCCUGCCCAAGGAGACUCUACCAUGGAGUCUCAAGCGCCAGUAAUGCCAGACGCAUGGAUGCACCCCCUACCCUGCCCUGUCUAUGGGUUCCUCCUCAGAGAGGGGACAGUUUCUGGCCCAGGGUUCUAGGAGCUGUGGCAGCCCCAGAGCGGGGGCUCCACCCCUUCAGACCUAUGCUUGGAUGCCGGGAAUGUCCGGGGCCUCCCUAGUGCCCCGCCGUGGGAGGUCCCCUCAUGUCCUCCAUCCCUUCGGGCUUUCAGCCUACUGCCCCCCGCGGGAAUUGGAGGAGAGUGAGGGGUGGCCGGGGCCAAGCUUCUCUUCACCCCCUGCAGAUCAUGCUGCUUCCACUGAUACCCUUUUGACUGGAAUAGACUGGCUGGGCUUGUCGGGGGCAACCCAAAGAGAGGGCUCUGCCUGUAGCCGGUGGGGAGCGGCCUGGGGCAGGGGCCCAGUUCUCAGCAGCAGAUUCUCUGUACAGUUUUUUCAAUCCCUGUUUUUGAAUAAAUAUUCUCAGCGACCAGAAA